AUGUGUAAGUUCGUAAACCUCCACACCAAGAACGGCGACGCCUGCACCCAGGACCGCGUGGCUGAAAAUAUCCUCGACGCACGCGCCAGUUUGCGGACCCGCCGCUACGUGGAACACUCUGACGAGAUGGAUUCCGACGAGGAACAGUUCUUCGAGUCCUUGCUGGGCCAGUAUCUCGGGUACCAAGAGCGCUGGGAUGAGGGUGAACGCGAGGACGUCGCCACUGAUGGCGAGUACUCCGAAUAUUCCGAGAGCUACGACGAAUUCGAUGAAGCUGAUGACGAAGCCAACGAAGCGGACGACGAAGCCGACGAAGCCGACGACGAAGCCGAUGACGAAGUCGAAGCCGAAGUCGAAGUCGAAUUCCGCCCGCUGAUCGAUGUCCGAGAUAUCGUGGCCCCCCUUAUGCGAGACAGGAUGGCGCGUUACGAGCAAGCUACGCUGGCCCGUUGGGCUGAGACGCACUCCGACGCCGAGGAGAGCCUCGACGUUGCGCCGGACGAGGAAUACCUAUCGGACCCCCCGCGUAGCAGUCCGCUGCCGUGGAGCGUGCGGCAGCUGGCGCAGCGCUUCGAGGGCUUCAACAUACCGGCGCCUGAUUCCGAUAGUGAGACGCUGGAUUUCAACGUCCUUCCAGUCGAAGACCCAGCUGACGAGGAUAGCCCCGUUGCAGAGAUCAUCCUGGAUCCGGAGGAGGAGGAAGAGUUCGAGGCGGCAUUUGGCCGUGUCAGGGAACAGCCCGAGGACUCCACCUCCUCAGACUCAGACUCAGACUCAGGAUACGCCAACAUCCAGACAAUCUGCCCGCACUGCGCCCCCCUACACACCAACUACCUCACCCGGCUAACCCUCCACCAACCCGGCGGCACAUGGACGCGCGAAACCCUGUGCCCAGGCGACCUAAUCUGCCGCACAAAGCGGUACCCCGUGCUCAUGGCGACUCGGCUACGAAACUGCGGGCCCAUACACCCUUACUUCGCGCGGCAGCUCGCAGCGCAGAUCCAGCGGCGGCUGGCGCAGCAGUUCGGCGAGGUCGAGGUGUUCGAUCUGCAGCGGCCGAUCGUGUCCAUGGCGGGUCUGAACGUGGACAUCACGCUGCUGAUCGACUUCCCCGAGGUCGUUGAUGUGCGUGAGGACGAGGACCUGCUGAGUGCGCUUUUCUGCGGACACAUUAUCCCGCGCGAGGACUGGACGGUUGAGAAUGUGGGUGCGGUUGCGGCCAGCGAGGCUUCGUCUUCUGUGACUUCCCAUUCCCAUUCGAGCCGGGGGACCAGCCGCGGUGUCUCGCCUAGCGGCGGCGGCAGCGGGUAUGGGAGCGACGGGGACGUGGAUCGGGUUGAGGAGCUGGAGGUGGAGGCUGAGAUUCGGCGCGUGGAGCAUGAGCUGAUUGCGCCGUGUCGGGUCGGGUUCUUUAAGAGUAAGGUUGAUGUUGAGGGCGUUGUGAGGGACAUUGAUUGUUGA